UUAGGAACUGGAACGCGAACGACGACGAGGAGGAGGAGGAGGAGAAGACGAAGAAAUGGGAGACGGAAGAGAAGGAGAUUGGGAGUGUGGAGGAUGCAGGAACAGGAAUUACGCUUUCAGAUCGUUUUGCAAUCGGUGCAAACAGCCUCGUCUUCUCAUGGACACCAAUAUGCCUCCCGAUUCCAAAUGGCUCCCUCGUAUCGGCGAUUGGAUCUGCACUGGUUGCACUAACAACAAUUAUGCAUCACGAGAGAAGUGCAAAAAGUGCGGGCAGCCGAGGGAAGUAGCAGCUAUGCCAGCACUUGCAAUGCCCGGACCUUCUCUUCCAACUCAUCUUCAGUAUUUUGCCGGUGCAAUGAGCCAAUCUAGUGCCUUGCUCGCUUACUCUAACACCGCAAGUCAAGCUUUGGUUCCCAAAGGAUGGAGGAAUGGUGACUGGUUCUGCCGGUGCGGUUUUCACAACUACUCUUCACGUUUGCAGUGCAAAAAUUGCAAUGAAGCUGCUCCACCAGCUCUAGGAACAAAGAGAUUAGCAUCAGAAGCCUUGGCUCCUGAAUGGGAUAGUAAAAGGUUGAACCAAGGAUAUGCUAGCAUGCAACUACAGCCAGCAGUUUCUGCAUCCUAUCCCGGUAUAAGCUCAGGUAGCGCUCCAAAUUGGCAGGCUCCUCUCCCAUUUCUACAGCAAACCCUGACGGCUGCCCUACUCGGGAAAGGGGCAAAACAAUGGCGUAACGGAGAUUGGAUGUGUGCAAAUUGCAACAAUCAUAAUUACGCAUCUCGGCCAGAAUGCAAUAGGUGCAAGACUAAAAGAGAUACUGUCCCUGAAGCCAAUACACUCGUUCUCUCUUGAAAUCUCAUGAAGCCUGUUUUUUUUCCCCUAUGUCCUACCCAUUUUCCCAGAGUGGUUUCUCCAUCUCGAGUUUUCUCGGUCAUGAGCCGGGUGGUGUUGUGCAAAAAUACAAAUAGGACAUAGAUUCUGUGAAACCCUGUUCGUGUGAAUGCUGCAAACGUGAUUUGCCGUCUUCAGACACAGUGAAAGCGUGAGGUUUGUUUUUAUUUAUGCCUCUUGUUGUUGCAAUGUGUUUGUUUUUUGCUCCAAAACCGCUCGGACAAAAGGAUGAUGUUCGUGUUUAUGCUUUUGUAUCCUAAACAGUUCAUCCCUCCUCUUUCAUUGAAAUUCACAAUGGGUUUCUCCGUUA